GUCUCGGCACACAUUACGGCGCUCUGUGACGUUUAUAUCCUGCGCCUGUUAAUGUUUCUUUUCGGCAACUGUCACGGUGCAAAGGUGGAAGUUGUAGCAGAUUCGGCAAAAAUGAACAGUGAAAACUUUUCGAUAAGUGAGAAGAUUGUGUCGGCCUCGUACAUAAGGCAGGGAUUGCAGGCACGUCGCAGUCAUGAACAGCUGAUCAGACUGCUGCUGGAACAGGGAAAGUGUCCAGAAGAGGGCUGGAGUGAGAGCACGGUCGAGCUCUUCCUGAACGAGCUGGCGGUGAUGGACAGCAACAACUUCCUGGGGAACUGUGGGGUCGGGGAGCGAGAGGGCAGGGUGGCGUCCAGCCUGGUGGCCCGGAGGCACUAUAGGCUCAUCCAUGGGAUUGGCCGCUCUGGGGACAUCGCUGCCAUCCAGCCAAAGGCUGCGGGUUCGAGCCUGCUGAACAAGCUCACCAACUCCGUGGUGCUGGAUGUUCUAAGAAUGGCUGGUGUGCGAAGCGCCUCCAGCUGCUUCGUGGUGCCCAUGGCGACGGGCAUGAGCCUGACACUGUGCUUCCUGACCCUGAGGCAUCGCCGGCCCAAGGCGCGUUACAUCAUCUGGCCGCGCAUUGACCAGAAGUCCUGCUUCAAAGCCAUGGUCACGGCAGGUUUUGAGCCUGUGGUGGUGGAGAACUUGCUGGAAGGUGAUGAGCUGCGAACAGAUCUGGAGGCGGUAGAGAGGAAGAUCCAGGAGCUGGGUGCCGAGAGUGUCCUGUGCAUCCACUCCACCACGUCCUGCUUCGCCCCCCGCGUCCCUGACAGGUUGGAAGAGUUGUCUGCAAUGUGUGCGAAAUACGGCGUCCCUCACAUAGUGAACAACGCGUACGGUGUGCAGUCCUCCAAGUGCAUGCACCUUAUUCAGCAGGGAGCUCGUGUUGGAAGAAUAGACGCGUUUGUACAAAGUCUCGACAAGAACUUCAUGGUUCCAGUAGGUGGCGCCAUAAUAGCUGGCUUCAGUGAGCCCUUCAUUCAGGAGAUCAGCCGCAUGUACCCUGGUCGAGCCUCUGCUUCCCCUUCGCUGGAUGUGCUCAUCACCCUGCUGACCCUGGGGGCCAACGGCUACAGAAAGUUGCUGAAGGAAAGGAAGGAGAUGUACACCCACCUGGCGGAGGAGGUGAGCAAGCUGGCUGAAGGUCAUGGGGAGAGACUGCUCAACACCUCGCACAACCCCAUCUCUCUAGCGAUGUCCCUGGAUAGCCUCCAGGCACGGAGCCCGGAUGCCGUGACACAGUUGGGCUCCAUGAUGUUCACCAGACAGGUGUCUGGAGCCAGAGUGGUCCGGCUGGGCGGCGAGCAGGUGAUCAGCGGUCACACUUUCAGGGGCUUCAUGUCCCACUCGGAGUCUUACCCACGCCCCUACCUCAACGUCGCCUCUGCGAUAGGAAUCACCCACGACGACGUGGCGCUGUGCAUGCGCCGGCUGGACAAGUGCCUGAGGAGCUUAAGGAAGGGGGUGGGGCCAGGGGAGGCGGGGCCAGGGGAGGCGGGGCCAGGGGAGGCGGGGCCAGGGGAGGCGGGGCCAGAAGAGGCAGGGCCGGGGAAGGCGGGACCAGAGGAAACCUGCACAGAGUCCUUGCCUGUCUAA